UCUUUCCAUUCUCCUUCAGCCCAGCCAUGGCACAGGUGAGCUUCCUGGCAGGUGUCCUCUGCUCCCUCUCCUUCCUGCUCCUGGUGGUUCCCCCGGUGGUGCCCGACGAUGACACCGCAGCGGAGGUCCCCCGGGUGGAAUUGCCCAUCUCCGACCCGAAGGUCCAGGACGCCGUGGCCUUGGCCGUCAAGUCCUUCAACACACAGAGCAGCAGCGACUAUUACUACAAACAACUGGAGGUCCUGAGUGCGGAGAGCCAGGCAGUGGAGGGCAUCAAAUACUUCCUGACCAUCGUUCUGGCGCAAACGAAUUGCAAAAAGAGGAAGGCGUAUGACUUGAAAGAAGCGGAAUUCAAAAAGUGUGAAGUUUCCGAGGAGGCUGAAAAGCAGAAACAUACCUGCGAAUUUGAGGUCUGGAUGAACGAGAAGAAGACCAGCGCAGGGAUUCAAACCUGGAAGCGCCUGAGUUGGCGGUGCACCUGGAAUAUUCCUUAUUCCGAUUCCCAAUAACGCUCAGCCGUUUUUCUGAGCUUUCCUUCUUUUGCUAGAUAUAUCCCUCUGAAUUCAAUCUGUUGGAGGAUACCCCAAGUUCACAACCUCACAAAUCAUGGCCUUGGAGGGCCAAGGGUUUUUGGUUUCUCUGGUGGGAUCCAAGGGGUACAUCUACACCAUAGAACAGGCAUGUGCAAACUUAGUCCGUCCAGGUGUUUUGGACUGCAACUCCCAUCAUUCCUAACAGCCUCAGGCCCCUUCCUUUUCCCCCUCAGCCGC